UGGCGAGUUGGCUGCGGCGCCUUUAGCUCCACCGCUUCGGCUCACCUGGGCGCCGGUUCUAGCCCCACGCCUCGUCUCCCAAACUUCUCCCAGACCGCGAGCGGCUGGGGGAGCCGCGGCCGCUCCGCGCCUCGGGGUCCUUCGCGUGUACCCUCGGGGCCGCCGGAAGGAAGAGGCGGCGGCGGCCGGAGCCUGAGUGGGCGGCCCGAGGUGUGAGCCCGGCCGGCCCCGGUGGGAAUAUGGCGACCGGUGGCUACCGGACCAGCAGCGGCAACAGCGGCGGCGGCGGUAGCACCACAGACUUCCUGGAGGAGUGGAAGGCGAAGCGCGAGAAGCUCCGCGCCAAGCAGAACACCCCGGGCCCGGCCGCCCAGGGCGUGGGCAGUUGCGAAGCUGCUGGAAAGCCCCCGCCCGGGUCUCUGGGCACCUCGGGAGCCGCCGCGGCCAGUGAGCUCAACAACAACCUCCCGGGCAGCGCGGCCGCACCUGCCACCCCCGGGGGUGUGAACUACGCGGUGGCCCCCCCGGUGCUGUCCCGGGCGCCCCCAGGCCCGCGGCGGCCCGAAGACGAGAUCCCGGCCGGCGCCGCCUGCACCUCCUCUGCCGCACCGCCGGCCCGGGGCGACGAGGAGGAGCGGGACGGCGCCCGGGAGAAAGGCAAGAGCUCGGGUCCCAGUGCUAGAAAAGGCAAGGGGCAGAUCGAGAAGAGGAAGCUGCGGGAGAAGCGGCGCUCCACCGGUGUGGUCAACAUCCCGGCGGCGGAGUGCUUAGAUGAAUACGAAGAUGACGAAGCGGGGCAGAAAGAGAGAAAACGAGAGGAUGCAGUCACACAGCAGAACACGAUGCAGAAUGAAGCUGUCAGCUUGCUGGACCCAGGCAGUUCCUGUCUGCUGCAGGAGCCUUCUAGAACAGUUUCAGGCAGAUACAAAAGCACAACUACUGCCUCUGAAGAAGAAAUCUCAAGUAGAUAUCCCCGAACAGAUAGAAGUGGGCUCAGCAGAUAUAAUAGGGAUGCAAAUGCUUCAGGUAAUUUGGUCUCAAGUAGCACACUGGAAAAGAAAAUUGAAGAUCUUGAAAAGGAAGUAUUAAGAGAAAGGCAAGAAAACUUAAGACUUGUGAGACUAAUGCAAGAUAAAGAGGAAAUGAUCGGAAAACUCAAAGAAGAAAUUGAUUUGUUAAAUAGAGACCUAGAUGAUAUAGAAGAUGAAAACGAACAACUAAAGCAGGAGAAUAAAACUCUUUUGAAAGUUGUUGGGCAGCUAACAAGGUAGAAGAUUCAAGGUUCAGUAUGGAAAACAAUAUUUUAAAACUACUGAUUGAAUGUUAUGAUUAAUGCUAGGGCAAUAUUCCUGUGCUGCAAUACAUUAAGUAUGUAUAUUUAUUUCUAGACAACAGUGGGUGUUUAUUUUGGAAACAUUGCUUUUUCAUCAUUGGUUUCAAAAGUAUCUACUUUUUGUUUCACAAAUAAGUAACAUCUUUCAGUUUUUAAAAUGAUAGGUUAUGCCUCUGGUUUUGUGUGGUAUUCAAAUAAUACACAGUUUAAAGUCACAACCAUUUGAAUAUAUUUCAGCUGUGGUAGUGCAUUUUCUCCCUAAAGGAAUAUAUAUAGUCUUGGUUUACAUGAAUUCAAGUACUUUUGGGAUUUACCUGCAAAUGCCUUAUUACUGAAAUGUGCAGCCUUUUAUGUGUAGUUGUGAUUUACUCCUAAAGGUUUUUGUCUGCUGUCAUUUGUUCUUUCAACUUAAUCGAAGCAAUUUACAAUAAUAUAGACUCAUUAUUUUGUAAAACAGCUAUCUUUAAAAUGGAAAGCUAGUGUAAACUCACUUAAUAUCAUGUACUAGUUGGCUAAAUACAAAAUUGAAGCAAUUACUUGAAUUGUGCUAUAGGAAAUUAAAAUGUACUAUUUUGUAUUUGAAUAUUGAAAAAAUUGAAAUCACUUUAACUUCUGAAGAACAUAGAUUUGUAAUUUUAAUAUAAAAUUUCUUAUGUAGGUACUACCUUUUGUAGGUUUAUAAAUGAACAUGGGAUAUUUAAAAAGUUGUUUUAUUCAUCAAACCUGGAGAGAGUGUACAAUUUUAGUGUAGAAGUAAAAAAAUUUACAUUUUUAAUUACCAUAUGCAUUAAAAUCAAAACCACAAUAUAUAUGCACACUUAAAACAUACUUACAUUACAAAGAGUACAUAAACAGUACUAGUACUGAAAUACUUUGCUUAAUAUCUGACUUGGAGAAUAACACUGACAUAGUUGUUCUCAUAAGAGAAUUAUUGCCCUACCUCAAAUUUCAGAGAUUUUCUUCUUAACAUUGGAUUUUUAAAAAACAAUUGUUUUGAAGAAUUAUAUACAUUUUCUUUUCUAUUAAUUACCAUUAGUGUUUAGAGUUGUUUUAUAUUGAGUAAGGAAACCCCCUCCUUUAAAAUAACAUGUUUGCAUGAUAGUUUGAUCUCAAACAAUAUACUGAUACCCAUUUAUCCAAUUAAUAAACAUAAGUGGCUUCAACUUAUGUAUAUUAAUUAUAAGUAGUAAAUGCAUUUUACUACUUAUAGUAAUAAAUACAUUUUGGGUACCCCACUGAUUCUGUUUUUUUCACUUGCCAAGCCCCUUCAGUAUCCACUGUUAGAAAAAUAGGAAGGGUGAGACGAUUGGAUAGAAUAUUCAAUAAAUGAUACAAAUCAGAUACUGAAUUCUGAAACUCUCUGCAGUGACUUGGAUUGCACCCCACACACCUCUACCACUUUUCACAUUAGAAGUUUCGACCUUGGCUGAUCAUCAGAAUCACUUGGGUUGCUGAAAAAGAAUUUUCUGGCUGUAGUUUCUAGAUGGGGUUAGAUUGAGACCCUGGACAGAAUUUUUAAAGCUUACCAUCUGAUGAUUCUGAUCAUAACGUAAGUUUGUAAACAGUUGCCAUUACCUCUUUCCUUCUAUACGUUCCAUUGGAGACUCUGGAAUUAACAAAAUGUUAGCUACCAGCAUUUCCCCCCUUUUAGAUCAUUUAAUAACCAGGUAUCUGGGGAAGUUUUCAUAUGUUCAUGUAUAUUUAUCAACAAGUUCAUUGUUAGAUUACCAAACUUGAUAUAGUUGCAGAAGUAGCGCAUAAAGACAUCCUUUUUGGAGACUAUUACCCAGCAUGGGAACGGUCAUCCGCUACCCACUUGUCAAGUGGUUCCUGGGCCCAGUUAGUACUUUGGCUGAGAGGUACUCAUCUCCUUCUAGUUUCCCUUAGGUAAAAAUACUGACAUUGCCUAGUUUCCCAUCCACACUUUGGACGUCGUGGAAGAAUGCUGUCAAUACCUAGCCUUAAAAUAUUAGUGCUUUGGUUUUUCAGUAAAAAAGUAUCUUAAAUUUUCUACGUAAUCUACAUGUAAGUAAAUAAAUAUUCGAUUUCCCCUUUUUAAAUUAUACUAGUUAUUAUACUUCUAAAGACUGAGCUGUUUUAAUUUUUUUUUCUUCAGUUUGUUGGGGACAUUUUUCACACUGAUCUUACAUUAUAUAAUAGUACCUAGUGCAGAUGCAAUGCCUGGGAAUUUAGGCAAAGCUUUCAUAUGCAGUUCUUCCUUAAAGUAUGAAUUUAUUCACCUAUAUAUGUUUAGACUGAAUAUUAAAAAAUAAAGUAGGAUCUACUAUAAUAUCCCUUUAAACUUAUAAAAACAUAUUGAGGUUUUUUAAAAGGUAGCUUAAAUACAUGGGCACCACCUUAGAAAACUUGGCUGUUGUCAAAGUGCUAGUAGUUGUGAAAUUAUUGGUCCCAUUCAGAAAUAAUAUUUCUUACAUUUCCUGGGAAUUUGUGUCACAAUAAAGCAUAUCCAAAGAUAUAAUGUGCUUGAUAUUAUUUUCAAAACAAUAAGGUUAUUAACGCUCAAAUGAAUAUGACUUGCCUCCCUUAUUUUUGAUGUCCAUUAACUUUGAGAACUGAUGAAAUAACCUGUUUCAUUCUGCUAGACUUGUUAUUAAUUUUAUUGCACUGCAGUUACCUUUAGAAAGGAAAAGAAAGGUGUUAAUUAGGGUGUGUAUUUCUAAGGGAAGUUACUACAUGUAGUAGAUUCACACUGUCACACAUGAUCAGGUAGUCUAAAACAAAAAAAUUAAGUGUCGGGUAGAUACAUGAUGCAGUGUAUUCUUUUUUUAAAUAAAUUGUGGUAGAAACAAUGUAUUCUUAAGGUCAAAAAUCUACCUCAAUUACAUGUUUUUUGUUUUCUAGAUUAAUCUGGAUUUGAUCAUUAGAAUUAAAAUGCAGCAUUUUGCAUUUACUAAUACUUAAUUGAAUAUAAUACAAGUCAGUGUGUUAGUCAUGUCUAUAUGUUCAUCACCAUAAGACAAAAUAGGAAAGACCUUGCAUUUGAUCACUGAUCUGAUGUCUAAGACAAUACUCACAGAUACAGUAAUAGUCAUCUUUCAUCUUCUCUGUGGUUUUAUGGUCUCGAGUCUGUGCCUAGUAAGUUCCAUGCAGUGUUGGCACUUACAUGCUUUUGUUAACAAUCUGUUACAAAAUUCAGGCAUAUUUUCAUCUUAUAAGAAACCAAAUGCACCAAGGCUUUUCAUUGUGGGGAGCAUGUUAUGUGCAAAAAAAGUAGCAAUCAAAAAUAACAUGUUAGAGGCACUGCUAACAUUCUCUUACUGUAUCUGAACCAUUCCUAAUAUGUAACAGUAAACUUCUGUUGUAUUGGAAUUAUGCUUGCUCUCAUAAAAAAGGGUAUCCUGUCAACUAGGAUUGUUAAUUUACAUUACUUAGAAUUUAGUGACACUUGUUUUUUUGGUUCAUUAAACUAAAAGCAUGCUAAUAAACGAUGAACAUUUUGCUCGCCAGCUGCCUCAACAAAGGCACUUCCCCCCGUUUUUCAGUGAUGUAACAGAGUUGGUGGUUUUAUUCUCAUUGUAAAGACUUGAAUCAUUACCCAAGAAAACCCAAGUCUUGUUUUUUAUUUUACUUAGCUAGAAUCUCAUAUCAUGUUAAAGUCAUAUCCUCAUCCCAAAAUAAUUACGUGUGAGUAUGUAAGAAGAAUAUGGAUGAGAGAGUCACAUUAAAUUUUUAUACCCAUUCUUUCAGCAAGUACUUAUUAAUAAUCAACUGGGCAUACAGUUCUAGAUAUUACAGAAUUUUUUAAAAAAAUGGACAUGGACCAGCCUUUUCCAUCUGGCAGCUUACAGUCUAUGUGAUAUGAGUUAGUAACACAAAAUGCAAUCAUAAGUAGCAUUAACCAGUCUGAUCUGAGUAGUUCAUUCAAAAGCAUCUUUUUCUGUAUUAUUUGGCCAUUGUCUUUUAGAUCUGGUUGAAAGGUGACAUUUGAUGCGCUGUAGCAUUUACUGAGUGUUGGAGUGAAAGACCUGGUGCAUACCGGGAAUCGCUGUACCAUCUUUCUUUUACAUAAGUUGUGUGUUAUGAAAAGAACAGUUUAAAGGAAUUUAUGGAAGUAAUGACGUAAAAAGACUUCAAUGCAUGUCACCAAACUGUUGAUGUAUUGAACCAUGAUUUUAAGUUAGUUUCUCUUUAUGUAUUAUUGAUUACAGCUUUGUUUUAGGUGUUUAGGUCUAAGAAACAGUUUACAUCUGGGCGGUCACUUUGGUAAUGAUAAAAUGUUAGCGAUGAUCACUUGAUGGACUUUUAUUACAUGUUUGUUUUCUCUCCCCCUCUGGAUACCUUAUAUGUGUAUAUUAUUUUAAAAAAUUUUUUUUUUCAUGAACUUUUUUCUUGAAUGAUUUGGCUCUACUAUUCAGGGUUUUAUAUUGUUAUGUAUUUCUUCUAAGUUUAAGUAUCAAAUGGCUGCUGCUACCAGCAAGGACCAUGUGAAAGCUAAACUUUACUGUUGAAAAAUCAGCUAACUUAGGUAAUUCAAAUAUUUGUAGAAAACAUCUGGAUAACUUAUUGAUCACAUUAGUAUUGUGUAGACAUCCUUCAUCAUUCUUAUUGUAUAGGUUUUCAUUGUGGAGUAGUCAGCUUGACUUCAUUUUAGUAUGCUUUCAUGUAAAAUAAUAAAUACUCAAUAAAAAUAAAUUUCAUUUAUUUUUAACAUUGGUUAGUUAUUUCCUUUCUGUACUGUUAGUAAAACACUUACCAUAAGUUUUGCUUUUGAAAUUAAAUGCUAAUAUUCCAGAUAACUUAAUGUGCCUCUUAGUGAAGCAAUAUGCAAUAAUACAUUAAAGUCUUUAUUUAGUAUAUUGCAGAAGGAAUAAUGUUUAAAAAACAAAAAUGCAGUGUGGAUAAGAUCUGAAUGCAUUAAUGGUGAGGCUUCUUGAAUAAGUAAGGAAGUGUACAUAUUACAUAUGUUCAGCCUGACUGAAAAUUUUAAUUAUCUUUGUGUUUUAAAACUACAUGAGUAAUUUAAUUCAAAAUUAGAACUGUUACCAACCAUAUCUGAUGGUGUUCAAAGAAUUUCAGGUCCUUCAUAGUUUGACAAAGAUAAGUAGGAGUCUGAGAACGUGAAAAUCCAGUCUUUGUUUUUUUUAGUAAAUGGUUUACAUAACUUUUUGCUAAUGUGCCAUUCUUCAUACACCUGCACAAGCUAAUCAGUCUUCUUCUAGAACUGAGUUAAUAUUUUCAGUAAUGUCACACAUGUCUAACAAGUGGACAAGUACCAUUCAGUCAGAAUGUUUAGACAAUGUCUCAAGUCCUUUCAUAAGAACAUACUCCAUUAUUGGAGCAAGCCUGUUGAAAAAACUCAUAAGGUCUCUUAGUCUUAAUUGAAACUGGAGUCAUUUAUCUUAGACAUCAUCAAAUAUCUUUUUAAAAUUCUACAUUCACUGUGUGUGUGCACACUAUUCUAUCAGUAGCUGUAAAACACCUACAUAUUUUCUCAAUCUCAUGCUCCUAGCUUCUCUUCACCUCUAGUUUUUACAAGAGGUUUUGUUUUAUUCCUAGUCAAGGUCUUGGGGAAAGAAUUUAUGUAAAUUUUUCAUGAUAAAGAGAUAGAUAAAAAGAUAUAGUAUCUUUUACAAUCCAUUUUAUUUUGUUGCCUAACCGGGUAAGGUUAACAAGGAAGAUAGAAAGUAAAACUUUCCUCUUAAUACUGGACCAAAUGUACAAUUUUACUCACUUUCAAAAAACUGUUUUUACUGAGUGAAGAUGAUUUUAAAAGAAAAAGCUCUAUUUUGUGUAAGAUAGUUGAGUAAUAUGAGAUAAAUUAAGAUAAGCCAAGUAGGAAAAGAUUGGACUUUGGCUUUACAUACUUGAAAGAAAAAAUAAGACUUUCAUCUGCUAUGUAUGUUUUUCACAUUAAAGUGUACAACAUUAUUAAGUAUAAAUUACAGUCUUAAUUCAUAUAUGAUCAGUUAUUAUCCUUGUUUAGAUAUACCAUGGACCAUGAAAUUCAGUCUUUGUAUUGUGUUACAGGCUUUUAUGCAGAGAAAUAUUUGUAUUCCUUUAAAGUGUGAACUAUUUGUUAUGAUUAAACAAAGGUUGAUUAUAUAUCAUCAGUGGGCAUUUUAGUUUUAUGGAAGCAAAUUAAGAAAAAUUAAUGGAACGAUACCUAAUUUCUUUUCAUUAUUUUUAAUGCAAAAGUAUAAAGCUAUCAGUCAGACCCAGGAAAUUCCAUUUGAAGAACCUUCAAAACACUUAGUAAGAAUACGUUCAUUUGAUAAAGUGUUUUAUAAAAAUUGAACAGUUAUUGGCCUUCCGUAGCACAUUGAAAGUUUCAUCUGCAGAUGAUUUAGGAUAGUGACCAACAUCACUAGUUUAUGGUAAAAUUAUGCCAGUAAUUUUUAUUUGGGCCGUAUGAUUUACUAUGUAAAGUAAACCAGUCAGUAACCAGUCAGUCAGUAUAGAUUGUAAUGGGACAAGUAAACAGACACUUCAGAAACGUUGAUGGGAAAAGUGCCUCUUAAUUGCUGGUAACACUUUCAGAUCGGUAUGCCUUAAGAGGUGCAGCUAAACAUAGCAGCCCAGUUAACAGUUCGAGGGUAGCAUUAACCGUGCUUUGGUAUGGCAUAAAAACAUUGCAUAGAGCCAGGCAUUGUGUUAAGUGCUAUAAAUAUGUUUCAUUUGAUUCUUUAAAACUUACGCAAGGUACAGAUUGGGAAGGGUGAUUGGCACAAGGUCACAAAGCAAUGCAUUGUUGUGCCUCAUACUCCUUUUUAUGACAUAAUCAUUGUUUUACCAAAUAUUUUGCCAGUGGUUCUCAAAGUGUGGUCUCCAUACAAGUAGCAUUGGCUUGGCUUAGAAACCUGUUAGAAAUACAAAAACUUGGGCCCCACCCAACACCUUAAUGAGGUGUGAGGCCUAGCAAUCCAUGUUCAAACAUGCCCUUUCAGUGAUUCUGAUGCAGGUCAAAGCUUGCAAAUUUGCAUUAUGCAUGUUUAUUUUUAAGCAAAGAUUUUGGGUUUUCUUUUUGGACAGCACAUAAAUAAUAUAAUAAUAUAACAUGGACUUGUAAAAAAAUAAAUGAUUUUUAUAUUGUUGCUUACAUUGCAAAAGAUCGUAUCAGGAAAAGCUUCAGCGUGGAUGUUGGCAGUUUGACAUAACCCAUUAGUUUAGUAUUAUCUCUGGAACUCACAUGAAUUCUGAAGUCCCAGAGACUGUGGAAUGAAAUCUUUGUUUUUUCAUGAAGGUCAAUCUCUGUUAUUUCCUGAAGAUUUUUGUUAACCAUAAUGCAUUUUUGUUAAAUUUUAAAACUUUAUUGAAGCAAAUAAAUGUUUGUUUCACUGGA